AAGAAGUCUUCAUUAAGCUAUGUUGCUGUAAAGGAGAAUGAAGCAUGCCCAGCAACAUAAAGGAUAGCACAGUAUUAAAGGAAAAUAUUCUGAAUGGAAGACUUCACAGCAUUAAGAAAUCUUAGAAUGAGUAAUCUAAUUUGGAUUGUUGUCUACUUCCUUCUUGGCACAGCAGAAGCCAAUGAAGUCUGUUAUGAAACAAUAGGCUGCUUUUCUGAUAAACCCCCUUGGUCAGGAAUACCUGGGAGACAGCUGUUUGGCUUACCAGCAUCUCCAGAAAAGAUGAAUAUCUCUUUCUCCCUUUUCACAAAAGAAACUGGAAAUCUCUCACAAAGAAUAAUGUACAAUAAAUUAUCAAGUGUCCAAAAUUCUAACUUCUCCCCACUGAGGAAAACUCGCUUUGUUAUCCAUGGAUAUACAAGCACUGGAAAAUAUGGCUGGGUUGUGGAGCUGUGUUUGCUUCUGGUGGAUGUGGAAGACAUUAACUGUUUUGCUGUUGACUGGGAAGAUGGAGCUAAAUGCACGUAUUUCAUUGCUGGCAGCAAUAUCCGUGUUCUUGGAGCGGUGAUAGCUAAAUUUAUCUUUACUAUGAUGAAAAUCUAUCAGUAUUGUCCUUCCAACGUCCAUCUCAUUGGCCAUAGUCUUGGUGCUCAUACUGCUGGAGAGGCUGGAAGACGACUUCAGUAUGUUAGCAAAAAAUCUCCUGGCAUUGGAAGAAUAAGUGGCUUAGACCCAGCAGCAAUUGGUUUUGAAGGAUUCCCUGAGAUGGUCCGGCUAGAUCCUUCUGAUGCUGGAUUUGUGGAUGUCAUACACAGCAACGGGGCCCGAUUUCCUUUAGGGCUUGGGAUGUUUAAUGCCACUGGUGAUAUGGACUUUUAUCCUAAUGGUGGAAAGUUUAUGGUUGGAUGUAAUGCAAGAGAACAGGAUCAGAAACAGGAAGAGAUUCGUUUGGUUGGGAAUUGCCAUCACUCACGAAGUCAUGAGUACUACAAAUACAGCAUUCUCUACCCUAGUGGGUUCCUGGCCUAUCCCUGCAAAUCAUACAAAUCUUUUCAAGCGGGAAAUUGCUUUCCAUGUCCCACAGAAGGCUGCCCAGUAAUGGGUCACUAUGCUGAUCAAUCCCAUGAUAAACUGAAGAAAAGCAAUCAAAGCUACUAUCUAAACACUGGAUCUAAGGAGCCCUUCACCAGCUGGCGAUAUAAUAUAUCUGUCAAACUAAAUGGAAUGAAAAAUGUGAAAGGAGAAAUAAAUAUAGUUUUCCACAGUAAAAAUGGAGAUAUGAAGGAAUAUCCAAUUAUGAGGGGCAGCCUUAAGCAAGAACAAAUCUAUUCAAAGCUCACAGAUGUAGAAAUUAAUCCAGAAAAUGCUUCAAGAAUUGAGUUUGUUUGGCACAAGCAAUUCUUUACUUUCUUUUGGCUUCAACUAGGAGCAGAAAAAAUAAAUCUUACCCGUGGGCAGGAUGGGCGUAAGACUUCCCUCUGUGGCCAUGGAACAGUAAAAUACGAAGUUCCCCAAAUACUUACACCUUGCUGAAUACAAAAGGAGGCAUAAUCAUAAUUUGUAAGAAUAACUGGGACCAGCUUCUUCAUGUGGCCUCUGAAAGAGCUUGAUGGUUUGAAGUAUGACUUAUUAGAACAAAUUUUCUGUUAUUUUGUUCAACUCAGCUCUGAACACAAUCAUCGUAAUUGUUUUUGGUAUGAUAAAACAGUGUCAAACAUUUACAAUACCAAUUUCUGUUUCAAAAGAA